UCACACAAAACCGGAAGCGGGCGUGGUGGGACCCGCCCCGGCAGUCCAUCCAGCCUAAGGAGAAGGCGACUUGCACGGCUCAAAAUAUAGAUAUUGGAAGAAAAAAUAAACUAAAAAAAAGACACACAAAAUGGCUGGUUUGCCUCGCAGAAUUCUCAAGGAGACGCAGCGGUUGAUGCAAGAACCCGUACCCGGCAUCAUGGCGACGCCUGACGAAGGCAACGCUCGCUACUUCCACGUGUACAUCGGCGGACCCAAAGACUCACCUUUCGAAGGUGGCACUUUUAGACUUGAACUGUUUCUCCCAGAGGAGUACCCUAUGGCAGCCCCCAAAGUGCGAUUCAUGACCAAAAUCUACCACCCGAAUGUUGACCGACUGGGGAGAAUUUGUUUAGACAUUUUGAAAGAGAAAUGGUCUCCGGCGCUGCAAAUCCGCACGGUGUUGCUUUCCAUCCAGGCUUUAUUAAGUGCCCCCAAUCCCGACGACCCUCUAGCAAACGACGUCGCCGAGCAGUGGAAGAAAAGCGAAAGCACCGCCAUCGAGACAGCCCGAGCAUGGACCAAGAUGUACGCAAACUGCAGCAACGACCGUCACAGUAGCAGCACCGGCGUCUGAUUGUGAUCAACAAUCUGUCAAUGUUUGAAAUUGACGGACAAAAUACGAUUAUAAAUCCACAUCUAUUUGAAAGAAAUCUACUGUUGCAGACCUUGGGGGGUGACUUUUAUUUUUUAUUUUUUCCUUUAUAAGAUGCGUUUAAUAUGUGUUUGCGCCCCUCCCUCCUUCCACCCUUCGUCUUCCCUUGUGUUGCUAUUUAAAUGCAUGGACAGAAUGACCCCCCGCCCCUCACUACAGUCUUAAAAUAAUGUGUGUUGAGUAUCAUGGAAACGCCAGGCGCACACUGGUACGAAAUCAUCAUGCAUUAAAGCUGUCCUACUUUUAA